CCUACACAAAUAAAUAGGUACAAACAAAGUACAAACUCCCAGUCCCUCUCUGCCCCAAAACACAUCACUCAAUUUUUAUUUAGAAAAAAAUUGAAAAAUGAGAAGUGUAUAGUAAUUAUAACGCACUAUAAAAACCCAUGGCAGGCCAUGUGAAUAUCCUCUCAUCACCCCACAAAAACAAAUGAAUUUGGCUCCCACAGAGUAAAAGAGUGAAGAAAAUGGACUAUUUGUUAGUAGAAACCCAACAAUUGUUCAAUAUUUCAACAGCCAUAUACACCAUUUUGGCUGUUCUAGGCGCAGCUUUAGCAUUAGUAUACUUCUAUAGACCUUACUGGCUCGUGAGAACAGUACCUGGUCCUCCAGCUCUCCCCCUUGUAGGACAUCUGCCCUUGCUUGCCAAGUUUGGCCCUGAUGUUUUCACUGUCCUUGCUAAGCAGUACGGCCCCAUCUUCAGGUUUCAUAUGGGGAGGCAGCCAUUGGUGAUCAUAGGAGAUGCAGAGCUUUGCAGAGAAGUUGGGAUCAAGAAAUUCAAAUACUUCACGAAUCGAAGCAUCCCCUCCCCCAUCUCCGCAUCCCCUUUGCAUCAGAAAGGCCUGUUUUUCACAAGGGACGCAAGAUGGUCAGCAAUGAGAAACACAAUAUUGUCAAUCUACCAGCCAUCUCACUUGGCCAAACUGGUCCCAACCAUGCAAUCAUAUAUUGAAUCCUCAACUCACAAUCUUGAUUCUAAAGGGGACUUCACCUUCUCUGAUCUCUCCCUCAAAUUAGCCACAGAUGUUAUCGGACAGGCUGCGUUUGGAGUCGACUUUGGGCUGUCGAAACCCCAAGAGGACAAAGAAGAAUCCCUCGACAACGGAGUCCAAGAGUUCCUCAACCAGCACAUCUACUCCACAACACAGCUCAAGAUGGACAUGUCUGGCUCCUUCUCCAUCAUACUGGGCCUGCUCGUUCCGUUUCUUCAGGAACCUGUUCGCCAAAUCCUCAAGAGGAUCCCUGGAACAAUGGACUGGAAAGUGGAGAAAACAAACAAGAAUCUUAGCAGACGAAUUGACGACAUUGUAUCACAGAGAAUGGAAGAGAAGGAGCGUGGGACGAAAGACUUGUUGUCCCUUAUACUAAAGGGGGUUGAGUCUGAGAAAGCAACAAAGAACGUGUUUACCUCUGAUUACAUCAGUGCAGUCACUUAUGAACACUUGUUGGCUGGAUCUGCAACAACUUCAUUCACUUUGUCUUCUGUUAUCUACCUGGUUUCCGGUCACCCACAGGUUGAAAAGAAAUUGGUUGAAGAGGUAGAUAGGUUUCCUACUGAUCAAGUGCCCAGCUCCAAUGAUCUUCAGACAAAGUUUCCCUAUCUUGAUCAGGUAAUAAAAGAGGCGAUGCGAUUUUACACUGUUUCACCACUAGUUGCUAGAGAAACAUCCGCACCGGUAGAGAUUGGAGGUUACAAACUCCCAAAGGGGACAUGGGUUUGGCUAGCUCUUGGGGUUCUGAGUAAAGAUCCUAAGAACUUUCCAGAACCUGAGAAGUUCAGGCCGGAGAGGUUUGAUCCAAACUGCAAAGAAGAGAAACAGAGGCAUCCUUAUGCACACAUUCCCUUCGGAAUAGGGCCUCGGGGAUGCAUAGGGCAGAAGUUCUCAUUGCAGGAGAUUAAACUCUCCCUAAUCCACCUAUACAGAAACUACAUAUUCCGGCGAUCCCCCCUCAUGGAUAGUCGCCCAUUGGAGAUCGAGUACGGCAUAGUUCUCAACUUCAAGAACGGCGUGAAGAUUCAAGCCAUCCGCCGUUAGUGAAAACAUGCAUUCUAACAUUGAGAUAAGAUAAUCAAGAUCUAUGACCCUCUUUGUUAAAUACUAAUGUAAUGAAUGUCUCACAGACGG